CUGCGACCUCAUCUUGCGCUGCCCGUGCCUGGGUGACCCGCCCCCGUAUAUGACACUUCCACAAGCCGCAGUUCAAAAUCCCAAUAGUUCGAAAUGGCAACCGCCGCUGGCAAGAUCUGUGAUCUUACACCUACUUGUGUCACAACGGCACAAAUCACUUCAUGAGACAUACCUCUGAGGGACAUCUCCGACGGCAUCGAUCUUGCUGCAAACACCUCCUUCGGUCAUGGCGGCGACCACAGGACAGAAGCAACAGCUCGCUGAGGACUGUCCUCCCAAGGCUGCAGAUCUCGACAGCAAACACCAGCAUGAGCAAGUGGCACGGCGGUCCACCCGAGGUUUGUUGGGCGAGGAGAUACCACCAACUGUUGUGGUAGCCGGUCACGAUCAGGCUCAAGACCAAGACCAAGACCAAGACCAAGAGUCUGUCCAGCUGGAGGAUAUGUCACCAGCUGCCGAUGGUGUGCGCAGUGACAAUGAUCGCUUGAGCGAGCCAGCCAUGAAGAGGACCAGGACCAUCACGGACAGCAAAGAGAGCUUGCCGGUUCGCCGCAAGAGCCGUUCAAAGUGGGACAAUCCAAUCGAGAUGCUCACAAACCAGCGGUCGCCUCUUGGUACGGCCAUGCUCCGGGAUCUACUUUGCACGCCUCGUGCGUGGGACAUUCUCUCUGAUGAAGAGAAGAAACAAGUGCUCAAGGAGUUCCCCUUGGAAGCUGACAUUCUCGACUUCGGCACGGAUCGCGCAAGGCCCAACAUUGUCUCGUUGCGCAACAAUAACAAUUUCAGGCACGACAUAUCGCGAUACCAAGAGAACCUGCGCGAGGGUCGGCAUGAUCCCGAGUGGAUAUCCCAGGCACAGGCCGCACAUAGGAAGCGCGGACUGGGACUCUAUGAUGAGUUCCUCGCAAGCAAAUUUGAGGAGGACUGGGGGAUUCCUAUGCUGGUCGCGGACAAGGACGAACCUCACUGCGACUCUGAUACCAGCGCUUCCCCAAGCGCGAAGUCGGAGGUCCCCUCCGCGAAUGAUCGAGGCAUCGAACUGUCACAGAAUCACAGCGCAGAUCUGCAGCCUAUGAUCGAGACAGACCUUGUGGGCGACAGCGCAUGCGGUACAGGCACAGCUACGAACGGCGACCAUCCAAAUGGUGUCUCAGCGAGCGGAACGUGCAGAGACUCUGGGAAAGAGUCAGUGCCUGAGAAUGAGCUUAGCAGGCCAGAGCCGCUCUCGUAGUGUUUUUGAGCGAACAGGUCCAGAUACCCGUGUUCCUAGCGAACGGCGAUGGUGCAUGUUCCCACAGGACCCGACCCAGUCUGAGCAGAGUCUUGUCUUUUGAAGAGCUUUGACGAUGCUGAGCGCGAGCCAAAAAGACAAUUUGGUGAACACGCUUUUAGUAUUAUGGGCAGGCUACUCGGCCGAUGUCUGCAACUGCUACGGCUUGCUUAUUUAUUGUCGGAGAUAAACAGAUUCUUAGGCAAGAACUCAAAGUCAUUUCGAAGGAGCUAAGUGGUUGAGCCUAGUGCUGCUGUACAGUCGUCCGCGUGUUAGUCGUCCCUGUUGCGGGCCGCAACCACAAUGCAGGAAGCCCCACUGUAUAAAAGUUGACGUCGAUCCCCCACUGGCAGCGGCAUCAAUCAUGUCGACUCC